CUGAUUGGUCCUCCGGGCUGUCAAUCAAACCCGCUGUUUACAUCAAACGAGGUGGAAAUUCCCGGGUUACAGCACAGAGACCAGUAGACCACUUCCGCAAUAGAUGUCUGGCAGAGAGAGACGACGAGAGGCCACUGCGAGCUGAGAAAGUUCAGAGGACCAUGUCUAGGAAGUGAGCAACGGCGAUGGAAGGGAAAGGCCCGUACCGCAUCUAUGAUCCAGGUGGGAGUGAGGUCAAGGCCAGGGAUGAGGCCGGAGGGGGAAGCAGCUAUCGACAGCUACUGGAGGAGAACAGCAUACUGAGGGAGCGGAUGAAGGGACUUAAGAGCUUAGGUGAUUUGCUGGAAGAGUCUCAAUCGGAGGCAUCAAGGCUUCGACAGCGAGUGGAGGAACUUGUGAGAGACAACGAGGCCCUCAAGUCCUCCAGCUUUGCCGCCAGUCUGUGUAUGGGAGGACCCAUUCAGACUGAGACACAAAGUAAACCCUGUUUACACCCCACUGCAGAGCAGAAAGAGGAACAAACAAGCUGUUUAGGGAGGACCCUUCAGCCUGAGAAGCCCACUGAGGAGUUUGAGGUUGUGAAUGUAGAUGCGAAGACUUCAGAUGCCUUGACUGCUGGGUCAGUGGCAGGAGUAAUCCCCGUCCUGCCUCAGGAGAACAUCGAGCUGACCAGCCAGCUGAAGAGACUAGAGAGCUCCUUCAGCAUAUUCGCAGAGGAGUCCAACCCGAACCAGCUGUUGGCUCACCUUGGUCGCAUGGCUGUGGAGUUUCACCAUCUCUCCUCUAAGGUCCAAAAGAAUGAACAGAGGACUUCCCUCCUACAGACUCUCUGUGAGCAGCUCAGACAGGAGAAUAAUGAGCUUCGAAAGAAAAUGGAAGAGGAUCAUCAUAUCAGGAAUCAAGACUUGGAACAUCUGAGACUGGAGAAUCAGAAACUCAAGGAACUGGUCACGGGAGGAGCAGCAGCAGCAGCAGCAACAACAGCAGCAUCUACAGCGCCAUCUGACAACGAAGCUCCAGAGCCCAAAGAGGAGCCUGUGAAGGAGGAAUCAGCUACUGUCAGACCCAAGAUGGAGGCCACCACACCGCAGAAGAGUGGAAAAGCCGCCGAGAAAACUCCAACUAAACCUUGUGAUGUAGAGGUGUACGAAAAGAAGAUCAAGCUUUUGGAGAAGCAGAGAAAGGAUGUACUGGAGGUGAACAAGCAGUGGGACAUUCAGUGGAACUCCAUGAAGUCACAGUUUGAACAGAAGAUCACAGACCUGAGACAACGACUGGCUGAGUCCCAGAAAACUGUGCUUGAGCUGGAGGCAGAGCGAGAGCAGAGGCAGCGCGACUACGACAAGAAGCUGCUGCUGGCCAAGUCCAAGAUAGAAAAUGUACAGGGGGAGAAGGAGUGUCUCAACACUGAGACCACUGAGCUGAAGCAGAAGAUUCGCUACCUGCAAGAUCAGCUGCUGCCCCUCAGCAAACAGAGGGAGUACCAGGAGAAGGAGAUCCAACGCCUCAACAGGGCUUUAGAGGAGGCCUUAAACCUGCACACCCCGUCAUCCUCCCAACAACAACAGCCACCUGGUCAGGGUAACUUUGCCGAUGAGGCCAAUAACCGGAAGAAACAGGAACUGCUCACUCAAAUUGCUGUACUAAAGGAGCAGGUGAAGAUCUUUGAAGAAGACUUCAGAAAAGAGAGGAGUGACAGGGAGCGAAUGAAUGAGGAAAAAGAGGACUUGAGGCGGCAAGUUGAGAGACUCCAGGGUCAGAUUACUAAUUUGACCAAUCAGCUUCAUCAGGCACAGAACGAGUGUCAGAGAGAACGUACGGAGAGAUGUAAGCUGGAGAGACUGCAGAUGCAGCAUCACAAACAGGGGCAGCAGCAGGAAAGACGUACCUCAGACCCCACGUCAGGCUCAGUGAACGGCCCGCUGAGCCCUCCCUACUGUGGUCCCUUUGUGCAGGUGGGACCGCAGGGCCUUGAGGGCUGGCCCGUACACUUCCCUCCCCGGAUGCCCAAUGCAGCAGGCGCCACAGCCGCAGCCGCCGCAGCACCGCCCCCUGUACGAGACUUCCAGCCUGUUACCCCGGGUUUUCCUUGGCAGUCGUCAUUCCCGCAGCCGAGAGGGGCCAGAGCAGUAGGAGAGAGUUCAAGACCACCACCAGAGAAUGCAGAUCAGUCCGCAGCAGCGGCGGCAGCGGCAGCAGCUGCAGCAGCAGGAUUUGGAAAAAGGGAGCGACAGAACAUUGACCCUGGAAAGCACUAAAGCAUCACCGUACCCACCAAACGGAGUCUGGGUAGUAGCAUGAAAUCAGUUUGUUUUUGAGUUGACAAGGUGUGAUUUGAUCUAUAAUUUUCCUACUGAACUGUAGAUAUCCUAUUGUAAUGUUGUUUAUACUUGCGUUUUAUAAGGCUAUUUGUGAAACACUUCGCUAUUCUGAAUAUAUACAUGAAAUAUUAUUUAGAUUUUUUUAUCAGGAACUGAAGUCAUUUGUUAAAUAGGUUGGAAUAAUUAACAUUGUUCUUUUUUUUCCAGAAAAUAUACCUAUGUGCUUGUAUCUCUGCAAAAUAUGUAACAACUUGACACUUAGUUUGUUACUUGUAGAGUUACAGGAAGCCAUUCCCCAAUACGACUAAGACAACAUAUACUCAUUCCAACAAUGAAUGAUUAUAUACAUUGAAUCAUAGGAUUUACAAUGUGAAUGUUGAUUGAUUUAUGAAGACUUCUUCAGUACCAUCGAUGUUAUAGAAAUGUCCCAUACGUGUAACUGUUCAAAAAGUGGUUGUUGAAAUACAAAAAUUUUGGGAAAUGAAUUUUGAUGGUAUCAUACCAAAAACAUGAUUGUGAUUAUUGAUAAUUUAUUUAUAACCUGCUGUUUUGAUAGUUGCAUUGACUAAGUGUAAAUCAUUGUCUUUAGUAAUGCUGUUCUUUCUAUGUUGUUAGUGUAAUCCCAAUAUAUUGUAGCUAUUGACAUUGUAUGUUUGUAUCAGACACAAUACACAAUGCACAGUACAUACACAACCUUUAUUUUCCCCAUGAUGAUGGACCUAAUCUCAUUAAACACAACACUUCUACUUGACCACAAUUGAUUUGAUGAUUUGACCACUCAUUCCGAUAUUCAUACUCAUCUUACUGCAUCUUGUAUCGCCCACAGUUUAGCCCCGACAUACAGUAAAUAGAAGUUACAGCACCAAAACCUUUAGGCAGCAGAGAUGACGGUCUUCCUCUUCAUACAGGUUAUUCCAUGUUAAGCGACAGCAAGAGGAAGAUUUUCAUCUUCAUUUGGAGGCCCUAGAUCCAGUGUUACAGCAGUACAGCCGCUCCUCAGAGGACAAACCUCUGCCAGGAUGCCUGGCUCUGCUCUCUGUCCACUUCAACAACCAGCAAUCCAUGCCGUGCCGACCGACCUGUGAACUGCUGUAACACAAAGUCGAGAGCCCCGAUAAUAACAGACACAUGAUCCACACCUCGAGAUACUAUGUGUUACUAUUUUAAUCUCAAAUCAAGCCACUGUUAUAACCGAAUACCCGUUCAAAUUCCUUAGUGAAGGGCUUCAAAAAUGUGUGCAGAUGAAUUAGAAAAAGCUCCAUUUUAUCAAACAAGUUACAGGGAACAAAGUCCUGAUGGGUGAGAGCUGAAAUGAGAAAUUGCACUUUGAAAGGUAUGCUGUAAUUACUGGCAGUUGUAUUUUCUUGGUUUGUAGCCCUUUCUUUUUUUUUUUUGCUGUAGGCAAAAGCACAUGUGAGACUUUUUGUAUUUGACUGGCUUAAUAAAUCUAUUCUAAAUGUCUAUUAGCAUCU